AUGGCUCCCCGAAGUUCCGCCAAAUACGCGUUUGAAUGGCAUCACCCGCGUGUCCUCGAAAUCGUGGAAAACAAUAACAGGGUAUCGAUGAGACAGACCUCCGGAGACACCAGUGCGCCAGUGGAAGCCCUUGGGUUCCUGGGGAUACAAAGCCCGGAGAAAAACUUGUGUAGCCAGCCUGAACUGCACAGAGCACUUGCAUCAUCAAAAGCAUAUUCCAAUCUUAACUGCAGCAACGCUGCAGAAACGUCUCCCAUUACUGCACACUGGCAAUCUCCAGGCCGUCUGGCAGCGCCCGUGCUACGAACACUUAGCACGCCCAAGCGUCCCCCGAGCGGUUGA